GAUCCAACAGCAGUGCUUCUUAGAGAAAAGAUUCAAGAAAUGGAGAUAAUAUGUGAAGAAGGAAGUCGAUUGCCAGACUGUUUGGUCAUUGAUGACCCAUUAGCUUCACUAGUUGAAUUGCCAACAUCAGAGUUACAAGGCAGUGAGGGUGUUAAAGCAAAUAUUUUGGCGUGCUUGAGGGGGGGAGAGGUGACAAAGCUUGGAGUUUGGGGGAUGGGGGGAGUCGGGAAAACAACAAUAAUGAUGCAUGUCCACAAUGAACUACUGAAGGAAGGUAAAUUCAAGAAAGUAAUUUGGGUAACCGUUUCACAAAACUUUGAUAUCUACAACCUGCAAGAACAAAUUGCUUGCAGCUUGUGCAGCUUGGAGGAGAAAAAAUUGCUAGAGUAUCAAAAUACAACUGUUCGUGCAGGAAUGUUAUUAAAGAUGCUAAAAGAAGACAAACACAAGCCUUACUUGCUGAUUUUUGACGAUGUGUGGAAGAUUUUUGACCUUAAUGAAGUUGGAAUUCCUGGGCCAGAUGUAGUUGAUGGUAGCAAGUUAGUAUUGACCUCACGGUCACAAGAGGUUACUCGUUCAAUGGGUUGUAGAAGACUCAAAGUGGAGACUCUUUCACAAGAGGAAGCUUUAAAAUUGUUUUUAAAUAAAGUUGGAGAUACUGGUUUACUAGAUCAUGGGGGAGGCAUUAAAAAUGAUUUAGAAUCAACUUUGAAGGGGAUUGUGGCUGAAUGUGAUGGUCUUCCGUUGGCAAUUGUUACAGUUGCUGGCAGCUUAAAAGAAAUAUCUGAGCCACAGUUAUGGGGUGCUGCACUGAAUCAAUUGAGAGAUUGCAAAAGAAACGUGGCAGGUACAGAUGAUGAUAAUGCAUUUAAGAUAUUAAAGUUCAGUUAUGAUCGUUUGACGAACCUAAAGAUCCAAUAUUGUUUCUUAUACUGUGCACUGUAUCCUGAGGAUUACAAGAUUCUAAAGGAGGAAAUAAUUGAAAACUGGAUUGAUGAGGGGUUUAUAGAGGAUAUGGAAACUCGGCAUGCAAUGAAGGAUGAGGGUUAUGAUAUUUUGAGGAAGCUUGAAGACAAUAGCUUGUUGGAAGUCAUUAAAGAUGGACGUAAAGGAGAUUGUGUGAGGAUGCAUGAUCUUAUUAGGGACAUGGCCUUAGACAUUACAAGAAUGAGGCCUCGGUUCUUGGUAGAAGCUGGCAAGGCAUUGAAAGAGCUACCAGAGAGGCUAAAUUGUGCAGAAGGUGUUGAAACGGUUUCAUUAAUGCAUAAUUAUAUUGAAGAAAUUCCAUCGAGCUUGGCAUUUUCAACAUGCAUAAGGCUCACAACCUUACUGUUGGCCCAUAACAAAUUGUCAACAAUUCCAGAAUUUGUCUUUGAGCACAUGCCAGAGCUAAAAGUUCUUGAUCUCUCCUUCAAUCUGUGGUUAAGUAGCUUGCCAAAUUCUGUCUCCAAAUUGGUGAAGCUUACUACAUUGUUGUUAGAAUCAACAUCCCUAGAAAAGGUACCAUCUUUAUCAGGCCUUGGAUCCUUGAAAAAGUUAAACCUUAGGGGGACAAAAAUCAAAGAAGUCCCUGAAGGCCUGGGAAUGUUGAAGAAUUUGAAAUGUCUUUUUCUUUGUGGAUCAAAUCCUUCUGAUAUUCUUGAAAUAGAUGAAAUAGCAGAUGGAGUAUUAUCAAAUCUCUCCAAACUUCAAGAGUUAAUUGUAGAUAACAGCAGAAUAAAAUUGAAGGGUAAUGUAGUUGGGAGAUUGAAGAAGUUGGAAGUUUUGCAUGGCUGGUUCCCCACUGCAAAUGAAAUGAGAAUCUUUCUCAAAUGUCAGCCUAAUAGGCUGAGUGACUAUUUUAUUAAUGUUGGAAGCAAUUCGAAUGUGACUUAUACUGUUACAGCAGAGUUACGAAGAUAUAAGAAAAUAAUGGUGUUCGAGGAGACUAGUAUUGUUGGAGAGAAUAUGUUACUUCCCUCCGUACAAGUAUUAUGUAUUGAAGCUUGCCACGACAUCAGAAGCUUAAAUGAUUUUUCUGGAAUCAAAGAUGCAACAGAUUUGAGGGAAUGUUGGAUUUGGAACUGUGAUGGCAUGGAGUGUGUUCUUUCCUCGUGGAUAAACAACCCAGUCGUCCAAACCCUUGAGUAUCUGCUUCUUUAUAAUUUGCACAAAUUGGAUGGGCUGUUUGAAGCAAACGUCAGGGUGACAUCAUCACCUCCACUUGGGGCUUUUUCAUCUCUCAAAGUAGUUUGGAUUGUGGAAUGCAAAAAAAUAAAGAAGUUGUUUCCAUCUUGGAAGUUGGCAGAAUAUCUCCAAAGUCUUGAAAAAAUCUACGUCUACGGAUGUGAUGGAAUGGAAGAAAUAAUAGGAUCAGAUCCAGAAGAAGGAGAAGAAGGAGGGGACGUCAUCAAGGAGCUCAUUCUUCCAAAAUUAAAAGAAUUAAAAUUGUGGAAAUUGCCCGCAUUGAAGAGCAUAUGUAGUAGGGGGGCAGUAAUGGUAUGUGAUUCUCUUGGAUCUAUUACCAUUAGUAAUUGCAAGGGCCUAAGGAAGAUCCCUCUUUAUCUUCCCCUGCUUGAUAAUGCCCAACCAUCUCCUCCUCCUUCCCUCAUGAUAAUCAACAUAUAUCGAGGAGAACAGGAAUGGUGGGAAUCGUUGGAGUGGGACCAUUCCAAUGCAAAGGAGGUCCUUCAACCCAUGGUUCAAUUUUAUUAAUCCAUACGUGAUUCCAUCAUCGGAGUCCGAAAAGUCCAAAUCGGGGGAAUAUGCAGAAGAUUGAAAGGAAGCCAAUUCAUUCAACCAGUCUAUUGCUUUUCGUUCCAGGCUUCGAAGGAUGUCCUUUCUACUAUUGUGUGGAUUGUUUUAGUGUGAUUCUUGUGUUUUCAUACUGUGUGAAUUAGUUGUGUUGAAAACUGGUUUAGAACACCAUCUGUACUCUUAUAUAUUUUGCUGUAUUGUUAUAUAUCUUGGUUGUACCAUGUACAUACAUAAAUGUGUUUUCAAUCUAAUAUUUGAUGAAUUAGCUGGAGAGAAAGCAGGAAUUCCAACCCACAACAAUCAAAUCACUAAUUUAUU